CAUUUUGACUCACUUGCCCCACCAUCUCAUAAUCUAUCAAAAUCGACAACCUUGAAAAAUCACAAAUAACCCCCACAACAUCUUGACAGCUCUGCGCUCCACUAUUCCAACAAACACAGGAUAGCACGCAAUCAUGGCUGGCGCAGCAGCUCCCAUCGAGGAGCAAGUUGCGAACCUGCACUUGGACGAGGUCACCGGCGAGAAGGUGUCCAAGUCUGAGCUCAAGAAGCGUCAGAAGCAGCGCCAAAAGGAGGAGGAGAAGAAGAAGAAGGAGGCCGCCGCGCCCCCCAAGCCCGUGAAGGAGAAGAAGAGCAAUGCCGAGGCCGAUGAGAAGGAAUUGAACCCCAACCAAUACUUCGAAAUUCGCUCGCGCGCCAUCAACAAGCUGCGCACUUCGCAAGACCCGAGCCCAUACCCGCAUAAGUUUGAGGUGAACACUGAUAUUCGCAACUUUGUAAAAGCGCAUGAGAACCUCAAGUCGGGUGAGCAGCGCAAGGAGGUGGAGGUCCGCAUGGGUGCCCGUAUCUACAACAAGCGUGCGUCUGGAACCAAGCUCGUCUUCUACGAUGUCCGAUCCCAGGGCGUUAAGCUGCAGGUGAUGUGCCAGCUACAGGAGUCUGCGGAGGGCGCCCCGCCGUUCGAAAACCAGCAUGAGCACCUCCGUCGUGGAGAUAUUAUUGGCAUUCUCGGAUACCCAGGCCGCACGGCACCAAAGAACAAGAUUGAGAAGGGAGAAGAGGGAGAGUUGUCGAUCUUUGCUACGGAGGUUAAGCUGUUGACCCCGUGCUUGCACCAGUUGCCAGAUGAGUACUACGGAUUCAAGGACCAGGAGCAGCGCCACCGCAAGAGAUAUCUCGAUCUUAUCAUGAACGAGCCCACCAGGAAUGUUUUCCUCACCCGCUCCAAGGUCGUCACAUAUAUCCGCAAGUACCUGGACAACAAGGACUUCACCGAGGUCGAGACGCCUAUGCUUAACGCUAUUGCUGGAGGUGCCACUGCUAAGCCCUUCACGACUCACCACAACGACCUGAACAUGAACAUGUUCAUGCGUAUAGCCCCCGAGCUCUACCUCAAGAUGCUUGUCGUCGGCGGUCUUGACCGCGUCUACGAGAUCGGCAAGCAGUUCCGUAACGAGGGCAUCGAUCUCACCCAUAACCCCGAGUUCACCACCGCCGAGUUCUACAUGGCCUACGCGGACGUGUACGACCUCAUGAACAUGACUGAGGAGCUCGUCUCCAGCCUCGUCAAGGAGCUGACCGGCGGCUACACCACCAAGUUCCACACCCAGCACGGCGAGGAGUACGAGGUCAACUGGGAGGCCCCAUGGCGCCGCGUCGAGAUGAUCCCCGCCCUCGAGGAGGCCACCGGCGAGAAGUUCCCCCCCGGACCCGAGCUGCACACCGACGAGACCAACACCUUCCUUCGCGGCGUCCUCAAGAGGAUGAAAAUCGAGUGCUCGCCGCCGCUCACCAACGCCCGCAUGCUCGACAAAAUGGUUGGUGACUUCAUCGAGGAGACCUGCGUCAACCCCACCUUCAUCACUGGACACCCCCAGAUGAUGUCCCCGCUGGCCAAGUCGCACCGCGCCAACCCCGGACUCUGCGAGCGCUUCGAGGCAUUCGUGUGUAAGAAGGAGAUUGUGAAUGCGUACACUGAGUUGAACGAUCCGUUUGACCAGCGUCUGCGCUUCGAGGAGCAGGCGAGGCAGAAGGAGCAGGGUGACGAUGAGGCGCAGAUGGUUGAUGAGAACUUCUGUAUGAGUCUCGAGUAUGGUCUGCCUCCUACGGGUGGGUGGGGUAUGGGUAUUGAUCGCCUGGUCAUGUUCUUGACCGAUCGUUACAGUAUUAAGGAAGUUUUGGCGUUUCCCUUUAUGAAGGAGGAGCAGAAGGGUGGACAGGCCAAGUUGGCUGCUGAAGUGGUGGGUAUUGAGGCUCAGCCUGAGGAGGGUAUUGCGCACAAGUAAAUGCAUGUUACCAGAGUGAGCGUCGUAUAAAACGAUACUACGUGUGGCCAUUCAAAUGGGGGAUACGUCUGCCAACUGCGCACAAGCACGACAGCAUGUAUGCGAGAAAUGUAGACAGGUCUUUUAAGGAGAGGAAAAAG